AUGCAGCAUUUCUCAUCUAGUGUGAUUUUGAUCGUGGCCCUUUCCAAAGCCUUGGGAUUAGUUGCUGGUCUAGCCAUCAGAAGCGACAGUCCUGGGAUCCGGAAGGAGCCUGCAUUUCAUCCUCAGUCUUUCCAGUUUGUGUCUUUCUCAGGAAUUCUGGACAGUAAGGAACUCAACAAAACCUGCUGUCUGAACGGGGGAACUUGCAUGCUGGGGUCCUUCUGUGCCUGCCCCCCGUCCUUCUAUGGACGCAACUGUGAGCAUGAUAUGCGUAAAGAGAACUGUGGUUCUCUGCGCCAUGGCAGUUGGCUGCCCAGGAAAUGUUCCAUGUGUAAAUGCUGGCAUGGCCAGCUUCGCUGCUUUUCACAGGCAUUUCUGCCUGGGUGUGAUGGCCAAGUGAUGGACGACCACCUCACAACCUCCAGGAUACCGGGAUUAGCUCCAUCUAUGUACACCAUGUUUACACUGGCUAGCAUCUGCCUUGCUCUACAAAGCUACCAUUAG